AACCCCUUUCCCUUUAAAUAUACAGUAUUAAACACAAACAUUCUCGUAUUUUUUCUCCGAUCCAUACAUUUCUCAUCUCUUUAAUCAAAAAUCACUAGUCACAAAUGAAAUCAAAAUAUCUGAGCAUUGCCUCACUCAAGCGCAAGCUUCUCAAACCAUGCAAAAAAAUAGUCAAAUUCAUCAUCAAGCUUCGCCCGAGGAAGCCACUCUCCAUAAAAUCUCUUCGCCUCCGCCGCCGCGGCGGCCGUCUCUCCAAGAUGAUGACUGUUUUCCGGUCGCCGCGCGACGAGAGGGAGAUGGACAGGGUGACGGAGCUAACGAGCUUCUCCCAAAGAGCGCCGCAUCCGUCGCCGCUGACGCCGGCGUACAUAAGAAUGAGCGCGAAAGCGGGAGAAGAAGAAGAUGAUCACGUGGAAGAAGCGUGUAGAAGCUUCGAGAAGUAUCUGGUGGAGAUGAUCGUGGAGGAGGGGAAAGUGAGGGAUUUGGGUGACGUGGAAGAGCUGCUGUACUGUUGGGAGGAGCUUAGGUCGCCGGUUUUCCUUGCUUUGGUGUGCCGCUUUUAUAGGGAGCUUUGCACGGAUUUGUUUUCCGCCAAUCAUUUGCAAACCUAGAACUAGAAUUGCUUUUUUUAAUUUCAUUCUCAAAUUUGUAAUUCUUGGUGAUAUAUAUAUAGUUCGCAUGGUUCUAUUGCAGGCAGCAAGAGCAAUUGCAAAUGCAAUGUUCAAACUUUUCAUGUAAAGUAGUAUGAUUUAUAAUAGAAGAAUAUAUAUAUAAUCCGAGCUACAUA